UUUUUUUUGACGCGAGGUCCUCGAAACCGAGAGAGUGGGAGAGAACGACGAGAGCGGUAUGGUAUCCACCCCUCUUCUCGGCCUCCCUAUCGGCAAGGUGGCACAGGUGACUUCGUCGUCACGCGAUCGAGUCGCGAUCACUCGUAAAGCUCGCCUUCGAACAGCCGGGCAAUUCGGGAGAUCACGAAUACAUUCGAUACAGCAACUCGGCGUGGCUCUCUCUCGUCAUCAGAUCGAACGAGUCCCACAUCACGAAUCUAAUCACGAUUCUUCCUCCGAGAGAGCAUCUCCGGUGAUUUCGGAUCGAACGAAAAUCCCAUCGAGGCUACAGUGAAGCUAUGACGAUCGCGCAAGUGCGAGCAUGAUCCACGACUGAUCGUUCACGAGUCGGUCGUUUCUUGAAAGAAGCUCACGAAAUCGCGACACGAAAAAAUUGAACAGUUCGUUAAUUUUGCGUGAAAUUCUCGGCCCGACACGCUCGUUUCGAGGGGAGUAAUGGGAACGUUUGUGAGGAUUUGGACGAUUUUCAGUCUGAUUGGUUUGUUGCAUGCCGAGUCCCCGGUGGACGUUUUGACAUCCUCGAAUAGUCUCGGCACCUUCGAGGAGGAAGACAUACUUCGUGUACUCGCGCCCAACAAGACCGACACGACUAAGAACUUCACUUUUGUCGAGCUGAUCAGCAGUCUCGGCAAUUACACGCUCGACACCGAGAAAGAUGUAUGGAAUGAUGACAGGCCGAAAGCGCAUCACACGAAUCCGCACUAUGAUGACUUCCCCGAGAAGAUCAACCUCGAGGCACGCAGAUUAUUGCAAUUUCUCCCGCCGUACGACCCCGGCGCGGGGGGCGUCAGCGCGGAAUGCAAACGACACGCCGAUAUCUUUCACGAGGAGCUCGCGAAAUUCACGCUAUGGGCAUUGAAAAUGUACGACGCGACCGCGAAGGUGCCUUCCGGCCUGCUCAGCGGGAAUGUUAAUCAAUUCGGCGAUUUCGACGAGUGCGUCGGUGUCGAGGGCAAGGAUGGCAUUCGGGGACAGUAUUGUCUAGCGUACUUGCAGCUGGACGUCGACCAGUCCCGGCCGGACCUCAAGUAUCUGCAUCGCCUGCUGCAUUCGCAUUACGCGUUUCGCAGUAACAUGACCGACCCCGGUCACAGAGUGCCGCGUUUUAGCAGCGUGAAUUGGGCUAUAUGUACACCCGCAUCGUGUACAGCCCAAGAUGUGAAGGCUUCUCUUCAACAUGCAAUCUCGAAAUACACAGCUCAAACUGGUCUCAAAAUUUCACUGCAAGUGGAUCAAAAUAUGUGCCAAGUAAAAAAGGAGUACGUUAACGUUCUGUCAAAAGCAACCAUCGUCACUAGUCUGCUUUUCAUUACCGUGUUCGUAUUGACUCUCGUAGCCGCGUACUACGAUCAUUGCGAAAUACCGGCCAGCGAAUUGCUUUUAUCGUUCUCUUUGAAGCGCAACGUUCUGAAACUUUUCUCCUUGGAGAGGCCACAAGGCGACAUAGCGGUGCUUCAUGGUAUCCGAUUUUUGAACAGCGCUCUACUGCUCACAGCUCACAAGAGCAUGGCGAUAUUCUUUAUUCCUUACAUGAACCGGACAUACAUGAGCGAGUUUUUAGGUAAACCAUGGACCGUCAUAGGAAGAGCGGCUAGUCUUUACACCGAUCCGUUCAUCAUGUUAUCUGGCCUGUUAACGACUUACUCGUUCGUAGGCAGAUUAAAGAGGAACGGAACUUUAGACAUUAAGAACGAAUACUUAUCGCGUUUAUUAAGGCUAGUGCCAACUCUAGGAGCAUUGAUAUUGUUUUGUACUUACAUUAUGCCGUACAUCGGAUCCGGACCGCAGUGGCCGCUGGUAGUGGACAAUCACGCGGAAAUCUGCAAGAGAACGUGGUGGCGGAAUUUCUUAUUUAUUCACAAUUAUUUCGGAUUCGAAAAUAUGUGUCUUACGCACACGCAUCAUGUGGGAAUAGACACGCAAUUGUUCGCGAUUUCGCCCCUGAUGGUGUUGCUCUUGUACAAGUCACCAAAGAUCGGCGCUAUUGUACUCGGUAUAAUAGCCUCGAUAUCUACAAUAUUGAGAUUCUAUGUCACCUACACCAAAGAUCUUAAUAAUUAUGUGUACUAUGGCACGUCGAUAAGACAAUUAUUCGACACCGCCGAUUUCUCCUACACGCUACCAUCGCAUAGACUGACUGUUUACAUUAUCGGUAUCUUCGUGGGUUACUUGCUACGGAAUAUACCCAAGGAUUUCAAGCUAAGCAUAACAGCCCUCUACACAGGCUGGACCGUGAGCAGCCUGAUGUUUUUGACAGCUUUCAUCGGACCCUCUAAAAUGGGUUCCAUCGAUUACGUGUACAAUCCGAUUCACGCAGCUAUUUACAACGCUUUCGCUCCCAUCGGGUGGUGCGGCCUGUUCCUUUGGAUGGCGAUAACGCAGCACACCGGCAGUUCAAAUGGAAUUCUGAAUAGAAUAGCUUCUUGGCGAGGAUUUCUCGUUACCACGAGGAUCAGUUAUGCCGUAUAUUUAACGCAAUUCCCAAUAUAUUUCUACAAUGUUGGCCAAACCCGCACCGCAGAACACUAUGAAUUUUUCAGGAUAAUGAUAAAUCUGAAAGAGAUAAUAUGGAUUCUUUUCAUGUCUAUAGUUCUCACACUGCUGUUCGAUUCGCCCUUCCAGAAUAUAAAAAAUUAUAUAUUGAAGAAACCAACAUCGAAAAAAGACAUAACAAAAUCAUCCAAAGUUGAAUGAUUUUGUUUCAAUUUUAAUGAUUUUGACCAAAUAUUUUAUACAUAGAUGCAAUAGUUUAUAUAGUUUACAUAAUUCUGUACAUAGCGUUCUUUAAAUUAAAUUUGUAAUAAUUAAUGUAUAAUGUAUAG